UUUAUCCCAAUCGUCGUCAUGUCGUUGCCAACCGUCCAAAGAGCAGUCGUCGUCGAUGAGGCAGGCGGCACAGAAGUCCUGCAUUAUCGUACCGACGGCAUUGUUCCAACUCCGAAAGAAGGCCAAGUCCUGGUGAAAAACCACAUUUCGGGAAUCAACUACAUUGACAUUUAUUUCCGCGAGGGCCUCUACCCAUCCCCAAAGCCUGAGAUUCUCGGUCGUGAAGCAGCCGGUACAAUCGUGGCUGUCGGACCCAACACAGACACCCACGGACUUAGACUUGGCGAUCGAGUCAUUUGGCUCGGCACCGCCGGCUAUUCUGAGUACACGGCAGUUGCCGUUGCCAAGGCUAUUAAGCUACCGUCUGGCAUUUCCGAUGAGCAGGCUACUGCUACUUUCCUCAGUGGACUCACAUGUCUGGCUCUCUCACAUGAGGCGUACGAAGUCAAAUCAGGCGACUGGGCUUUGAUCCAUGCUGCCGCUGGUGGUGUAGGAUUCAUCAUGACCCAGAUUCUCAAGAAAAUCGGUGCGAAAGUCAUCGGUACUACCGGUGGCCCUGAAAAAGUUGCCUUGGUGAAGAGUCUAGGUGCAGACCACGUUAUUGACUAUCGGAGUGUCGAGGGGAAAAAUUGGCCUGAGAUUGUCAACAGCAUCACCGAAGGUCGGGGAGUCGACGUGGUGUUUGACUCUGUCGGAAAGGACACAUGGGAGGGGAGUCUUGAGGCCGUGAAGAGGAAGGGGACCGUCAUCUGGUUCGGAAACGCAAGUGGUCCUGUUCCACCUCUGCCGUUUAACCGUCUCUCGCCGAAAUGCGUUAAGGUCGCACGGCCAACGUUGCUAGGAUACAUCGACACUAGAGAAGAGUUUGAAUUUUACGCCCAGAAAUUAUUCAACCUGAUUAUUCGAGAUAAUCUCAAAAUAAAUAUACACAAGGUGUACCCACUGGAUACAAUACAACAAGCGCACAAGGACCUCGAAGGGCGGAAGACUAUGGGUAAGUUACUGGUCAAUAUAUCUUUAUAUUAA